GCCUCGCCGGAGCCGGAAGUGAGCUGAGCGGCGCCGGAAGCAGCCGGCAGACGAGGCCUCGUGGAAAGGACGGCGGCAUGGGACAGUCGGGAAGGUCCCGGCACCAGAAGCGCGCGCGCGCCCAGGCCCAUCUCCGGAACCUCGAAGCCUAUGCCGCGCAGCCGCACUCGUUUGUGUUCGCUCGGGGCCGCGUAGGUCGCAGCGUCCAGCAGCUCAGUAUGGACUUGAGGCGGGUCAUGGAGCCGCUCACCGCCACCCGCCUGCAGAUACGGAAGAAAAACUCUCUGAAAGAUUGUGUAGCAGUGGCUGGGCCCCUUGGGGUCACUCACUUCCUGAUUGUGAGCAAAACAGAGACCAACGUCUACUUUAAACUGAUGCGUCUCCCAGGAGGCCCUACCCUCACCUUCCGGAUCAACAAGUACACGUUGGUGCGUGAUGUGGUCUCCUCGCUACGCCGGCACCGCAUGCAUGAGCAGCAGUUUGCCCACCCACCCCUCCUGGUGCUUAACAGCUUUGGCCCCCAUGGCAUGCACGUGAAGCUCAUGGCCACCAUGUUCCAGAACCUGUUCCCCUCCAUCAAUGUGCAUAAGGUGAACCUGAACACCAUCAAGCGCUGCCUUCUCAUCAACUACAACCCUGACUCCCAGGAGCUGGAUUUCCGUCACUACAGCAUCAAGGUGGUCCCUGUGGGUGCCAGUCGUGGGAUGAAGAAGCUUCUCCAGGAGAAGUUCCCCAACAUGAGUCGCCUGCAGGACAUCAGUGAACUGCUGGCCACGGGUGCAGGGCUGUCGGAGAGCGAGGCGGAGCCCGACGGCGAGCACAACAUCACAGAGCUGCCACAGGCUGUGGCGGGGCGCGGCAACAUGCGGGCCCAGCAGAGCGCCGUGCGGCUCACGGAGAUUGGGCCUCGGAUGACGCUGGAGCUCAUCAAGAUCCAAGAGGGGGUCGGAGAGGGCAACGUGCUGUUCCACAGGCUCGUGCACAAAACUGAGGAGGAGCUGCAGGCCAUCCUGGCUGCCAAGGAGGAAAAGCUCCGGCUCAAGGCCCAGAGACAGGACCAGCAGGCCCAGAACGUUCGGCGCAAGCGGGAGCAGCGAGAGGCUCACAAGAAGAAGAGCCUGGCAGGCAUGAAGCGGGCGCGGGCAGAGGCCGAUGGAGAUAGUGAUGCAGAGGACCCCGGGGCCCCGCCAGAGGCAGAGGGGACCAGCCAGCAAGAGGAAGAAGAGGAUGAGGCUGAGUAUUUCCGCCAGGCUGUGGGCGAGGAGCCUGAUGAAGACAUGUUUCCAAAGGCAGCCAAGAGGAGGCGGCCUGCUGGGCCCCCAGGCAAGAAGCAGCGGCUGAAGGGACGGAAGCUGGACCGAGGCAGUGACCGGAGACCUCAAAAGGCCAAGGGCAGGGGCCCAGGGGCCCAGGCCAAGGUGGGACCCAGGAGGCCUGCCAGGAACCGUGGGCAAGGCCGACCUCGGCCACCCAAGAGGGCAACCUGAGGCCAAGCCUGGAUGGCAGAUGGAAUGCCCCAGAUUGGGGCCCGAGAGAUGCUGUGCUGGGCUCCCCUCCUGGGCCUCCAGGCGCAGCCCUCGGUUUCCUUUCAUAAAGGAGAGCUGCUUUUCCACCUUCCCCUCUAAUAAACUCAUUUCUCAUGAGGCUGA